AAAGGAUACCAAGAAGAGCCUUCUUGACAACUGAGAAUGACAAGCAGCAUUAAAAAGGAAAGAAAUCAAGCCAGCAAUCAAAUCUUUUCCACUUUCUCCAGAGAACCCCAAAACUCUUCUUCCCCAGCAGGUGACAGACAAGGGAGAGAAAAACAGGAAGAGAGUUUUGUGCUGGAAACAAUUGCAUAGGUGAAACUCAAAUAUUACAUAAAAGGGUCAAGCAGAUAAUUUCCAAAUUCAGAAAAAGAGAGAAAUAUCUGGAAGUCAUUGGGGAGGAAGAGGUCAUUUGGAUAGCCACGUAGGGCAGACAGUAAAAUAAGCCUCACCCUGUGAGGAAGGAAACAAUAGCUUGAAUCAAAGCACCACCAAACAAGAGGUCAGAAAUAGUUUUGAUCUCUUUGAGAACCCAAGAAUAUCAGUGGUGGAAAAGCCCCACAGACAUGUACGUUGUGGGAAAAGCACAGAUUACAGAUCACAGCUGAUUAUGCAUGAGAGGACCCACACCGGCAAUAAGCCCUACCAGUGUUCUCAAAGUGGCAGAAGCUUUAGCAAGCAUGCCAGCCUGGUCAAUCACAAGAGGACUCACACGACGGAGAAACUGUAUGAGUGUCCAGAUUGUGGGAAAAGUUUCAGCCAGAAUUCUGACCUGGUGAAACACCAGAGGAUUCACACGGGAGAGAAACCAUUUAAGUGCCCAGAUUGUGCGAAAAGUUUCAGUCAGAAUUCCAGCCUGGUGAAACAUCAGAGGACUCACACAGGAGAGAAACCAUAUGAGUGUCCGGAUUGUGGAAAAAGUUUCAGCCAGAAUUCCAGCCUGGUGAUGCACCAGAGUACUCACACAGGAGAGAAACCGUAUGAGUGUCCGGAUUGUGGGAAAAGUUUCAGUCAAAAUUCCAGUCUAGUGAUACACCAGAGGACUCACACAGGAGAGAAACCAUAUGAGUGUCCAGAUUGUGGAAAAAGUUUCAGUCGGAAUUCCAACCUGGUGAAUCACCAGAGGACUCACACAGGAGAGAAACCGUAUGAGUGUCCAGAUUGUGGGAAAAGUUUCAGUCAGAAUUCCAACAUGGUGAUACACCAGAGGACUCACACAGGAGAGAAACCGUAUGAGUGUUUGGAUUGUGGGAAAAGUUUCAGUCGGAAUUCCAACCUGGUGAACCACCAGAGGACUCACACUGGAGAGAAACCAUACGAAUGUCCAGAUUGUGGGAAAAGUUUCAGUCGGCAUUCCAACCUGGUGAACCACCAGAGGACUCACACGGGAGAGAAACCAUAUGAGUGUCCAGAUUGUGGGAAAAGUUUCAGUGAGAAUUCUAGCCUGGUGAACCACCAGAGGACUCACACGGGAGAGAAACCAUAUGAGUGUUUGGAUUGUGGGAAAAGUUUCAGUCAGAAUUCCAGCCUGGGGAAGCACCAGAGUACUCACACAGGAGAAAAACCGUAUGAGUGUCCAGAUUGUGGGAAAAUUUUCAGUCAGAAUUCCCACUUGGUGAGACACAAGAGGACUCACACAGGAGAGAAACCAUAUGAGUGUCCAGAUUCUGGAAAAAAAUUCAGUUGGAAGUCCGUUCUGGUGAUGCACCAGAGGACCCACACAGGAGAGAAACCAUAUGAGUAUCCAGUUUGUGGAAAAACUUUCAGUACUAAGUCUAUCCUAAUAAAUCAUGUAGGUUUAUACUCAGUGGAAAAACCAUUCAAAUGCCCAGACUGCGGACAGUGCUUUAUGCGAAGUGCCUCCCUAACAAAACAAGAAAAUCCACAUGAGGCAGAAAAUGAUGUGUGUAGAGAAGCCUUGAAUUUCAUUUAUGAUUUCCCAUUGAAAAUCCUGCUGAGAAAUUAACUAUUUAAUUUCUGGCCUGAUUCUUUUUAGUCAAAGAUUAGACAUGAGGGUAGAGGGAGAAAGUGGAAAGUGUUAUUUGAGAAAGACUAACUACACAUAUCUGGCUAUCAGCAGAACUUCCCAGUAAGCUGCUGCAGGUCCUAAAUGAUUCAUGAAAAAAAGAUAGGAGCAGUCAGAUUUUAUAAGAAUGUAUUUUAGAGACGUUUGUGGCAGUGACAAAUGCCCUGUAAAGUUUCAGAUGGAAAGGCUGUUCUGCCUUGCAGCUGAACAUGAUGGAUAAGAGCUGUAGGAAUAUUGAGUUUAGGAAAAAAGGCAUUGUGGGUCUGAGCGUAGGAUCUCCAGGUGUAGGAACAGCCCCUGCUGUGAUUGUGUUUGCCUGGACGUGCCUGCUUGGUAGCCCUCGAUGGCUGUUGCUGAUAGCAGCGGCAAGAGGCUGACCCUUUUGUUACAUCCCCCUUGGUGGUGGAGAUGGGAGGAAAAAAUUCCGCAGUAGAAGGUGGUUCAUGUCUAGAAAUGGAUUGUGUAAGAACCAUUCAUGGCUUUUGAGAAGGAAAGAAACUGGGUGGUGUCAGCGUUGCUGUGAACGUGGGGCCAAGGUAAGGCAAAGCUCCCUUCCCAAGACAUGGGAGAUGCUUCCAUUUCUUUCUCUCCUCUUUCAGGGCCUUUUUUCCUGUUUUCGCCAAAAUUCAAUGGAGGAGCAUUAUUUGGAGCAGCUAAGUGGCAUUUUAGCUAUGCGGAUUAAUGAUCCUGAUUUUGCUGAGUUCACAAGACACCAAAGAAUUCAAGGCUUGUUCAUUUUAGGAACCCAAUUCAGAGAUCAGGUUAUAAUACUUUUUUUCCCUAGUAGAUCCCUUUGCUUAUGAUCCCUUUGCAGAAGGACAGCCAACAGCCAGGACCAGGCCAGGGGUGGGGAGGAAGCAAGAGGUUCUUUUGUCCUGAGCCUCAAGCUUUAAGUGGCUUCAAAUGUAAACCUCUCCAAAGUUGUUUAACUUUAAAAUAUUCAAAUUACUUUUAAUCCUCUCUUCUUUCUUCUCUCUUGCUCUUUUUUGGUGCCGUAUUUUUGUGCACACCUGCUAUGACGUCCCAUUUUAUUAUGGGUAGUUGCUGCAAAUGCUUCUUUCCUUAAGGAUUUAUUUUGUAAGUUUGUCAUUUUGGGGGCAUUGCCCACUCUUAGGCUAUAUCCUCUUGGAUAUGGAUGCUGUCAGUGCAUUUACAGAAAGAUCCAUCUUGCAGUCGGGACUUUUCUCUUAGAAGAUAGAGAUACAGAAGCCCUGCUCAGGACCGCCAGUAUCUUGUUCUCAUCCCGUUCUUGAAUUUCUCCCCAUAGUUAGUGGUUGGCUCUUAGUAUUAACUGAAGAUAUAUCAAUUCUGUUCAAUAUAUACUCUGCAUGUGUGUUCCCUUCCUGUGAGUAAACAAAUGUGUUUCCUCCUC